AUGGCGCAAACCAAUCUACCAAGUUACUACGCCCGGGGCCACUCCGACUACACCAUCGCAACGCAUCUAAGGCGCAAGGCUGAGUCAGAUGCCGCCUUCCUGCUGCCUUACAUUAAACCGACAGACCAUAUCCUCGAUGUCGGCUGCGGGCCCGGCACCAUCACCACGAGCUUCCUUAAAUAUGCCAGCGAGGGUACUAUAGUCGGCAUUGACAUCUCUAAAGAUGUGCUGCAAAAGGCAAAGACACUGGCGGCCGAAGCAAAUAUUCCCACUCAGGGACCCGGCUCUGUGGUAUUCGAAGAAGGCAAUGUCGUAGAUGGGCUCGCCUAUCCCGAUAACACGUUUGACGUCGUCUUUGCUUCACAGGUCAUCGGGCACAUGCCAGCGCCAGACACUCCCCUCAAAGCGUUGACCGAGAUGCGGCGUGUCCUGAAGCCGGGCGGCAUCUUGGCCACGCGCGACGGCAUGAACCACCACUUUUACCCACAGAGCCUCAAUCUCGAUCACCUCUGGGGAGAAAACCAAUUUCGGGCAUCGCGAAAGGGCGCGCCUGAAACCGAUUCGACAUCAGCAAUGAUGCCCAACCUUUUGCGUAAAGCCGGCUUCGACACCGACGCUGGCAAAGUCCGUGUUGGCGCGGGAGCUUCUGUGCACUCGGAAGCGGAAGCUCGCAAACGGAUGCUCUGGCGUGCCAAAGGCCAACUGCAAAAAGGAGACCCUUUCUACCAGAGCUGGGUGGAUGCAGGAAUUAGUGAAGACGAGAUUCAGCAGACGCUAGAUGCCGUCGAGAAGUGGGCUGAGGCUGAGGACGCCUGGCUUGUUAUUGUGCAGAGCGAGAUGCUCGCUUGGAAGUAG